AUGUUUUCUAGAUUUCCAACUUCCUUGGCCAGAAAUGCAGCACGUCGUGUCCCGACUUCCUUUGCAGGACCCUCCGCAGCAGCAUUGAGAUUCUCAUCAACUAAGACAAUGACCGUCAGAGAGGCUUUGAAUACCGCUAUGGCGGAAGAAUUGGACCGUGAUGACGACGUCUUCCUCAUUGGUGAAGAGGUUGCCCAAUAUAAUGGUGCUUAUAAAGUGUCCAAGGGUUUAUUGGACAGAUUCGGCGAACGUCGUGUGGUUGACACACCUAUUACCGAAUACGGAUUCACAGGUUUGGCCGUUGGUGCUGCUUUGAAAGGUUUGAAGCCAAUUGUGGAGUUCAUGUCGUUCAAUUUCUCCAUGCAAGCCAUUGACCAUGUUGUUAACUCCGCUGCUAAGACCCAUUACAUGUCUGGUGGUACCCAAAAAUGUCAGAUGGUCUUUAGGGGCCCCAAUGGUGCUGCCGUGGGUGUUGGCGCUCAACACUCACAGGAUUUCUCCCCCUGGUACGGUUCCAUUCCCGGGCUGAAGGUUCUUGUCCCUUACUCCGCUGAAGAUGCUAGAGGUUUGCUAAAGGCUGCCAUCAGAGAUCCCAAUCCGGUUGUCUUUUUAGAAAACGAAUUGUUGUACGGUGAAUCCUUUGAAAUCUCAGAGGAAGCCUUGUCGCCUGAUUUCACCUUGCCAUAUAAGGCUAAGAUUGAAAGAGAAGGUACCGAUAUCUCCAUUGUCACAUACACAAGAAACGUUCAGUACUCCCUAGAAGCCGCUGAAAUCUUACAGAAGAAAUACGGCGUCUCUGCAGAGGUCAUCAACUUGCGUUCUAUCAGACCUUUAGACACUGAAGCUAUCAUCAAAACCGUCAAGAAGACAAAUCACUUGAUUACUGUGGAAUCCACUUUCCCAUCAUUCGGUGUCGGUGCUGAGAUCGUCGCCCAGGUUAUGGAAUCCGAGGCCUUUGACUAUUUGGACGCUCCAAUCCAAAGAGUUACUGGUGCCGAUGUCCCAACACCUUAUGCUAAAGAAUUAGAAGACUUUGCCUUCCCAGACACUCCUACUAUUGUCAAAGCAGUUAAAGAAGUCUUGUCAAUUAAAUAA